UUUUAAGUUUGCAAUCAUUUGGACGUCAUUUGUGUGAGAAUUGGUUCUCAUUAUUAUUGAUAUUUAAAUAUGAAGUAAUAAAAUGUCAGCUGUUUUUGCCAUUAAUUGUCUCAUUUCUUACACUCAUUGACACAAAUAUCAUCAAAUCAUACCAUUAUAAUCACCGCAUCUGAUCCACAAACCAUAUCCUAACCAUUUGUAACCAAUACUAUACACAUGAAAGGCAAGGGCAAGAAGGAGAAGGAUUCAGUCGAUGGAGUCGACGAUAACUCAUGUCCUCUUCAGUUCCUCGACUUCAAAGCCGUCGAUCCCAACAAACAAUGUCCACGAUUUACAUCCGUUGUUCAAAGAAGUGAAGACGAAGGCAUCGGUUCCGAAGAUUUAGAUGUCUUACAGUUGGAGUUGGAGUCACUUCUUGUCUCUGUUGUCCAAAGACAACGACUUCUGGAGACAGAAAUGGAGUCUCUUAUUAAUUGGUGUGACUCUAAGAAUAAAGACAAGCGAUCGCCAAAUAAACCG